GACAAACAUGCCAUUGAUUCUCUGUUGGUGAUUAUGGAGAAAUUCUCACUAGUUUGCCGCUGGAAAAUUGAUGACAAAGAAGAUGUUUUCCUUGUUCCAGCGAUGCUAAUGAACAGCAGUGCCCAAGAUAUCGCUGAGCUGCUGAAAGAUCAGAUGCCACCUCUUAUCGUGUAUUUUCCAAGCUCACAUCUUCCUCUUGGUAUCUUUCCAAGACUUCAGGUUUUGUUUGCAGAAUUGUGCAAUCGCAAGUGGUCAAGUGCGCGUCCGCCAAAGUUCUUCCACAACUUUUGCAGGUUUUUUAGCAUUGGCAAAGAUGAAAGUUUUGACUUGGUGCUCACCUCUGACAUCAGAACCAUUUCUAUUGGAGUUAUCAAUAAUAAUGAAGCAGACGACCAGAAGAUCAGUGACUUUUGCCAGGAGGUCAUUGACUUUCUGAAAACUAAGCUCGGUACAGACAUGCGGAAAGACUUCCCUUGGAUGGAAAGGAUGAAGUAUAACCUGUGUAUACGCUGUCCCAUUUGCAAGCCGUCUCCCGACUGUAACCUGACCCAUGUUCCAGGAUGCGUAAGCCCUGCUUGUGUUCACUUCAUCACAGAACAAGAAAUCCUUAAAGUGAAGCGACUUCGCUGUCUAGAAAAUCCAACUUCCAAGGUCACUGAAAUUCCGUGCGACUACUUUUCUCACUGGUUUCCAAAACCAGAAAAGGUGUCUGCUACGAGACCAAUCCACGAAGCCGGUCCCGAAACAUUACCCAUUGGCAUAACUUCGACUACAGGAUCCUUAAGUCUUGAUGAAAAUAAGAAAAGAUGGGUUGUGGUUGGAAUUGCUAUCAUGAAGGUACUGUUGCCUGCUUUGCGAACUUUUGUUCUUCCAAACAUUACCAAGCACUACAAUGAUCUGAAGACCAGUCACAGCAUCCACACCCAAGUCUUUGGAACACAUCUUAAGAUGGAUGGAACAUAUAAAUUCAAUUAUGACAGCAUAAACAGCAACCAAGGAAAGAAACCACCGCUCUUUGACUACAUGGUCACAUCUGAGGUCGAUUUGGCAAAGCUGUAUUUSAAACCUUUUAUGGCCAAAUUCACCGGAAUUGAUGAAUCCUGUGACCUGUCGGCAGCUCUUGGAAUAUUAUCUUCUGCCAGCGUUUUUACCAUGGCAACACAAGAUGCCGCGAAAGACGUCCGACAACACGUACGCAAUGAAUGGGGUCAUUGCAAUUUUACUGUAUGGGACGAGGCGAAAAUUGCAGACUGCUUCAAACUCAUGGAUGUUCUGGUGAAAAGUCUGAUACUAGCUGAUGAAGAAGAAAAGAAGUUGUUAGAACAACUCAAAGAAUGGGAAGAGAGAGGUGUUGAACAUUUGCUUGGCAACCCAGCUGAUGGAGGCCUGUUGAAACUCCAUGAAGAUGUGACCUCGGUGCUAAAGGAAGUGCAAUCUCUCAAGGAAAGUAAUACUGAAGAGUUCCAACGAAUUAACUCUGCACUACAAGCGUUCAAAGAAGAGGUUGUCAAAAGUCUCAAAAAGCUUGAAGAGGGCCAGGAAGAUCUUAAAGAGGGCCAGAAAGAAAUGAAAACAAUGUUAAGGCAGCUAUUGCAAGUACAACAUGGGUUUGAAUGAUUUGAAGGCACAGCUUAAACAAUCCUCAAUAAGAUCGUGAAUAUGCUGGAGGUAACUCUUUAUUAAUAAUGACAGGCAAAAAAAGAUCUUAAAAAGAUCUAUACUAGCUGUCCUGCUUCAUUCUGAUUUAUUGCAUUCUAUUUUCAAAAACAUUCUUCUAUUGGGUUGCUUUCCAAAUAGUCCAUUUAAUCGUAAUUUUUCCAUGAUUAUGAAAUUUAAACAUGAAUUUUACGCUGAUUUUACUAUUCGAAAGUGCCUAUUGGUCAGAAAUCAGUCAAAUCGAUUAAUCUGUACCAAUUGCUUCCUCGCUUCCCUUACACAUUAUAACCAAUAAUAUUAUUUGAUACUACAUUGCAUUGCAUUUAGAUCACAUAAUAGUUAUAGUACUUCUUACUUAGAUUAAUUAACCCAGCCAUUCGAAAUCGAACUCAGUUAGUGACAUUAGCAGUCAAUCAAUCAAUCAAAUUAUUACUAAUCGUCAAUUAAGGGUAGACAUUUGAUAACUUUUUGUUAUUAUUAUUACAUUUGUUAACGAAGUUCGUGGCUUGGUUGCAUAUAUCUUUGACCUAUGAAAUUUAUGAUAUUUUUCGGUAUAUUUAAUUUGUAGGAUUACGUACGUUUUAAUGCAAGCAGUAUCAUUUUCUUUGUUUGAAGGGCUUGUCCACUUUCAAUUUCAUUUGGGGCCAUUUUUUCAACCACCCCUGGAAUAAUCAAAUGAUCUGCCUUCAGUGGUGUCAACCAAUAAUCGUGGUUUUAACAGCCUUCGGGAAAAAGAAGUUUUGUUUCUAAGAAUUCAACUGUGAAAUGAAAAUACAACGAACAAUGAAACUUACUCCCGGGUGGUUUUAAUUGGGUGGAAACGUUUAUAGCAACGCGCUAGGCAAUUAGGUCUAUUAGUUCUAGUUUCUAAAAUAUUUAGGAUACUACGCGCGCUGUGAUU